AUGUGUGAAAAUUAUAAUUUUUCAGAUAACAUUUUACGAGUAGUGUAUCAUAUUGGUAAGUUUUCAAAAACGUCUUAUAAAAAUCCAAGUUUUCUUUUGUUCAGUUUUCGUUCUAUUUUUCUCAUUGCAAGUUCUAACUCAAUGCAACUCUAUACAACAAAAACUGAAUCUUGGCAAGAAAAAAUCGAGCACUGUGAAAAAUUCGAAAACAAAAUCAAAAACAAAAACGAACACGAACACUAAUACCAAAUCGAACCCCAAUACAAAAACAAAAACUGGAACUGGGACUGCAACAAAUACUUUGACACGAACAACAACAACUACAACAAACUCGACAGCAAAAGAUGAUGAAAAAGUGGACACUGCAAAACCGCUGCAAAUUUCGAAACAACAAAAAAAUAAAUCGAAACCGAAUCCCAAGCCAAAUAACAGUAAGGAGAGUUCUUUGAGUUCGGGAAAAAAACGAGCAAAAAUGAUUGAAAUUGCGAAGAAAAAUGCGGAAAAAAAGAAAAAAGAAGAGAAAGAUGAAGCUGAAUAUGAUGAAGAUGGAAAUGCAAUUCAACCACCAAAUCAUGAAAAAACUGUUAGAGUUGAAUUGAAAGAUGAUAUUUCAAAAUCAACUACGGUAUCAAAAACAGUUGGUGGAAAAUCAGCAAAGAAAAGAGGAGUAAAAAAAGGAUCGAGUUUGGCGAGUUUAGGAUUGAAAACUGUGUCAAUCAAAUCACAAUUAAAAUCUCAACCAAUGAAGUCACAAGGGGGAAAAUCAAGUGUUGCUUUGGAUACACCAGGCGUAGGUUUUACUAAAAAGUUGGAAGACAUAAUGAUGAUUUUUCAGAUACGCAAUUGA